CUGCGAGUGCUGGAGCAGAUGGGUGAUGGAAGUCAGCAAUGCUGAGUGACAAUAACUCUGUGAAGCUGAAAAGUGAUUGUUCACCUCCUGUGCAAUGGUUUAAGGUGGCCGCACAUGAAGAUGAGAAGACCAAGCUGGUUUUUAAAAGACUUCUUGCACUGUUUGUGGUUGGAGGGUGCUUCCUUUAUAUCGUCAAAUUACGUUUUGGCCCUGAAGAAUGUGACAGAACAAAAAUGCCGUUUGUGGACCUCGAUCGUGUAAGGAGAGCACAACAGUAUGCCAGUGCUGCAUUGCAAGAACAGUGCCGACCUUCAUAUGUGAAGAAAGAAAUGGGGAAGUUAUUUGCAGAGAAAUAUAGCAUGGACAUAUCUCCCUUUGUAAGAAAAAAUAUAAAUGAAGAUGAAGCUUUAUUUAAAUAUGAACCUCCUUUUGGAUUUAACAAGUUCUUUGAUAAGCUUAAAAAUCUCCUUGAACUCUUACCUGAGCAUGAUUUACCAGAGGAUUUGAAGUCAAAACACUGUAAGCGUUGUGUUGUUGUUGGCAGUGGUGGAAUUCUUCAUGGAUCAGAGCUGGGUCACUUAUUGAAUCAGUUUGAUAUUGUUAUAAGGUUAAAUGAUGCACCAGUUCAAGGAUACACAGAUCACGUUGGUAACAAAACUACUAUACGGAUGACUUACCCGGAAGGAGCGCCCCUUUCUGAACACGAGUAUCCUCCUGCUAGCUUGUUUGUGGCUGUUUUGUUUAAAAGUGUUGAUUUCAAUUGGCUUCAAGCAAUGGUAAAAAAUGAAACCUUGCCUCUGUGGAUGCGACUCUUCUUUUGGAAGGAGGUUGCUGAGAAAAUUCCUUUUACAUCAAAGCAGUUUCGGAUUCUGAAUCCAGUCAUCAUCAAAGAGACAGCUUUGGACAUUUUACAGUUCCCUGAACCUCGGUCAAAAUUCUGGGGUUGGGAUAAGAAUGUACCUACAAUUGGGGUCACAGCAGUUGUUCUGGCCACACAUUUAUGUGAUGAAGUGAGUUUAGCAGGAUUUGGAUAUGACCUCGAUCAGCCCAGCACACCUUUGCACUAUUACAACAACCUCUGCAUGGCUGCCAUGAAUGGACAAACUAUGCACAAUGUGACAAGUGAAACAAAAUUCCUGCAAAAACUGAUCAAAGAAAAAGUUAUCAGAGACCUCACUGGUGGGAUACGUUGUGAAUUCUGCAGCAAAGACAGCUAGUGAUUGAAGUGCGGUGUGGUUUGGAUUUGUUAAAUUUCCAGAGGUUCAGCUGGAACAACCUUUUCAGUCUUAAGUAGUUCUUCAAAGCAUGUAUAGAAUGGACAUGGAAUCUCUGCUGCCUUUUUUAAUGUCAAGUUCAAUUUGUUGGACUUUUAAAUUUAUUUCGAUGUCAGAUUUUACUUUGCACAUUUUUGUGGAUAGCUAUGUAAAUACAACUCAGAGUUGAAAGAGAUCCAUUUAAAAUAUUUAAUGUUUUAAGUUGUCUGAAGAAAAGCAGAGGUUUUCUUUUCAGAUAUAUAUGGUACGCACAACACUAUCCUGAGAUGUCUAACAGCAUCCAAGAGUUGAACUACUGUCUUUGUCGGUCCAGUCCUUGGUUUAUGACUCCUUUUCAUGCAUGCCAUGAAAAGAAAGGCAUAUGCUUCUCAAGUCUUUCAUUUCUUGCAACUUGAGCAUUGUGUUUCCCCCUUCAAGUAUUUAUAUUCUUUUGGUUUUGUACUAAUAUUUUGCUGGGGGUGGAGGAGGAACGCAGGAGUGGAGGUGAAGGCAAAGGAACUGUUGUGGCAGCAACUGAAUAGUAAGUACUUUGGUGGUCAUGAUUGAUAUUAAAAUCACUGAUGCAUUAAUGUAUUGGGUUAGAAUCGUGCUUUGUCGUGAGGCAUGGUUGGGGCUAGGGCACACUAGAAGAGGGUUUAGACAGUACGAGACUUUCACCUGAAUCAGAUCUUUUGUCAUGUCCAUUCCUGAAUACCCAGAUAAAUGUUUAACUCGUUGAUUUGCAAUAGAGUUCAGCUACCCCAAUUAAAGAAGUGGCAUUAAUACAAAAUCUGCUGCCCCCCCCUCCCUUUUUUUGAGUGACUUGAAAAUUGCUGGUUCUAUAAAACACUGGUUUGUAGCAAUCUUCCAUUUAGCAAUAAUAGAAUCUAUGACUAGGCUAAAACUUCCAUUGGUUGACUUUAUGAUCCUUUAAUAAUUAAUUACAGAUAUCAUAACCUUAAUAGUUUAUAAUGAUGAUAACCCUUACGAACUCUAGUGUUGACUAUUUAAUUGAAGGGAGAAUUGAUGGUUUUCCCAGAUCAGCUUUUAAGUCAGCAAUUGGGUGAGUGUGUAUAAGUUAAGAAGAAAAUCACUUUGAGAAAGUAGCAUCAUCUAGUAGCAAGCUAGAUAACUGCUGAGAGCAACAUACUUAAAAAAAAAAAAAAAAAAAAAAAAAAAGCUAGAAAUAUAUGUUCUUGUGACUGGAAAUCAGUGCAUUGCAAAGAAACUGGACUGUGCAGAUCUGCCAGCAGGUUUUGGUGUUAGUUUUCAUUUUGUUACUAGUAGAGUAGUAGGUAUGACUGCACUGAGUAGUGUUGUUACUCAAUCUAUAGUAUGUGAAAAAUGCUUUCUUUGUGAAUGAAAGCUUGUUAGCGAAUUGAUCAAAGCUAGGCCUAGAAACACUGUUCAUAGUCUCGGACUCUCCACAUUGUGAAUAAUCCCACUUUUUUUUUUUUUUGUUAUGGGUUAAGACAUGAAUGUAGUUGUAGUUUUAAAUUUUCAAAAUACUAAUGUGGGAAAGCAAGAUUAGGGUGGUUAGGUUUUUUAUUUUGGGGAUUUUUUUUUUUGGAUUUUGGUUGGUUCUUGGUUUUUUUUUUUUCCACUGAGAGAAGUUCUAAUUAAUGAUAAUGUUAGAACACAGCAGCAGCAGACUGAUUCUGACCAUUAUAUUAAAAGGCAAUAAAAUGACAUCAGAUCGUAAAGCCUAAUUGAAGAAGGUUGUGGACCUCAUGUACCUACAUGUCCUUGAAACCCAGUUGUGGACAGUGAGCAAAUUUGCAAAUCAGAGUCUUGUCUCCGGCACUGUUUGUGUUUAUAGCAAUAAUAUUAAUCUAACUUUCCUCAUAUGUGAAACACAUUAAUUUUGUACUAGCAAUAAAUUUCUAGUCUAUGUUUUUCUGGUAAGUAUAAUAAUGAUAUUGUUUAAUUUAAAAAUACUUCAUGUGCAAAGAGUUUUAUACAGAUAGUCUUUUAGUUAAUAUAUUAAAAUGCGCUAAUUAUUUUUGCCUGGUAUUUGAACUGGAAGCAAAGUACCUUAAUUUCAUUUAAUGAAAUUUUGGAAGAUUUCAGAACAUGUGUGUUGGGAGGACAUCCCGAAUACACCAAGAGUACGUGUUUCAGAGCACUUGGUCCCUCACUCGUUUGCUUUGCUCAGUAACUUAAAAAUAAGUUGAUUAAUGUAAAUGCCAAUAGCUUUUUUGGAGAUGCUGCAUUUACUGUCAACUUCUCAAAUUAUGUUGAUGUAGGAUUAGAUUGUUUUCCCACCAGUUUUAUGCCUUGUGAUAAAACGUUGUUCUCCGUCGUAGUGUGUACUGCAUUGAAUACGCCUGCACAGACUCAACCAUCCGUGAAAUGGCAGCAAAGUUCGGGUUGCAAAAAGCAAUAAA